UCAGGAGUCCGAACCCAAAAUGUCCUGAAGAUGGUGAAGAGUUGAGUAAAGAAAAGGUGAUUGCUUUUAAUAUUCUGUAUUAAAAUGUUCAUGGAAAAUUCUGAGACAGCAAUGGACCAUUUGCAUUAUAGACUAAAUUUUGAUCUAGACAAAAAUUUCAUCACAGCUUGAAAGAGCAAAAAUUAGUAAUAUUCGAAAGUUUCGUUGCGAAAUGUUAUAAAAUGCGGAUAAUAUAGCCCUGCAAAAUUUGCAAUUUUCAGUCAUUUUGUAUUACAAACGGGAAAUUGAUGCCCCGACACCCGACUGGGCUGUCAAUUUCCCGUGCGUAAUACAAAAUGACUGAAAAACGGCAAACUUGGCAAGGCUAUAUUAUCUGCAUUUUACAACAUUUCGCAUCGAAACUUUGGAAUAUUACUAAUUUUGUGAUGCUCUUUCAAGCUGUGAUGAAAUUUUUGUCCAGAUCAAAAUUUAGUCUAUAAUGCAAAUGGUCCAUUGAACCCAAACAGAAAGAAAAUGUACUCCUUGAUGUAUAUAGGCAUAUUUAAAUGAAACAUGUUGAAAAAAUAUAUCAGGCACCAACCUGCAUUUUUGAAUAUGAUAAUACAUUCCUAGUUUCUUUUCAAAUAUUUCCCCCCGAUGAUGGGAUGGAUUUCUCUAUCAUUGUGGGGUUCUCUAUCAUAAAUGCUUUAACUCUUUCAGGUUUAUCCCCAUAAUUAUACCAAGCGUGAGAUAGACGAGAUUGUUUCACAGCUGGAGGUGAGCUGGUGGGUUGUAGGAUUAAAACAGUGGGGGUGGGAAGGAAGGGAGGGAGCUAAGGAAGUAAGGAAUCAAUCUCGUACCCAGAGCAUGCCAGUUCGUUGAACUGAGAACAGUGAGCUUAAGCAAGCAACAUUUUUGUCAACACUUAUGUCAGAUUGCCGAGGGGGGGGGGGCUGGAUUAAAAACUGUGUUUUGUUUAAUUAUAAUUCUUUUUCACAUUACUCCUUUUAAAUAUCCCCUGCCAGUCAAGUGUGUGAAAAACUGGGGGCGGCUUUUUAUUUCAACGGGGCUGAAAACAAUGAUCAAAUUCAAAGGCAAAAAAAUAGAUUAAUAAUCCCCUCUAAUAUUUGCUUCUAACAUUCCCCUCUAAUAUUCCCCUCUAACAUUCUCCUUUAAUAUUCCCCUUUUCUAAUAUUCCCCUCUAAUAUUCCCCCUAAUAUUCCCCUCUGACAUUCCCCUCUUAUGCCCUAAGGGACCGGUCAUAAAGUAACUGCUAGGCCGGAGUGAUUUGGGAUGGGCCAUGGAAAAUCUUGGGGCAGUUUUGUUGGGCCGCCAAUUAUUUUGUAUGUCCACGGUUGGGCCAUCAAACAAAAACCCAUAUCUACUUUCAUCACUUAUUAUGAUAAAUAUAAUAGCAAAUACAACAUAAUACAACUCAAACAUAAUACAAAUCUAACAGGGCAGGGCUGUACACUGCACAGAGGGCAGCAGGGGCAACUGCCCCCGCCAAGAAAAACUAUGUAAUCUUAUAAUGUGAUUAUGCUUGUAACGGAUAAUUAUGCUGUCAGGAAAUAAAAAUUUCAUGCAAACAAUAUUCGAAGUGUCUAUACAGCUGGCUAUUUAGUAAACUGUCACUUGUCAAUCCAUACUCAUCGAAUUUUCAAAACUUUAUUGUAAUCAUAUGAAGCAAAAGUUCUGUCACUUGUUGUUUACACUUGCUAAUGUUAACUGUUGAGUAACAUACACAAACUAAUCGAGGAAAAGAGUCAAUCAUAUAUUGAAGACCACUGAAUAGUAGAUGUUUUGAAGGUCAUGAAUGAAGUAUAUAAUUCAAUUCCAAUCCUGUGCACAGUUUAUAAUGAUAUACCACACUGUUCGGUUUAACCCGUGGUUUAACUCAGCAUAUCCACACAAAAACAAUUUGUGUUGUGGGAGAAUAUCUGGUUAAGUAGAAGGUAUCACAAGUUCAGUUCUGUACAUUGUGUGCCAUUGAUCUGAUCCAUCCAUAUAAUACUGUAUAUGAUUAUUGUAGCUGUUAAGCUGUAUUUUCCAUACUAAUGAAUUUAGAUAAGAUUGUCUUGCAAGUGGGUUGUUCUGACAAAAUUAUCCAGCCAAUAUCCAGUACAUCAGUACAUGUAUUCAUUCUUGUAUUAAUCUCUAAACAAAAACAUUUAUAUUAGAAAGCAAAAUGACAAUGUAAUGAGGAGGGAGGGUGGGGAUUCUUUUAUUAGCAUUUGAAAAUGAAAAUUCUCGAUACAUCUGCCCAUAUUUGGCGAUUCCAACAUCUCCCUGGCAACUUCCGAGGCACGGAUCCCUCGGCCUCGUGAAUAACUUGAUUGAGGACUUCCGUACUGACAUUAAUAAAACAAUUAAUAAAUAUAUUUUUUAAAAUAAUAAUAAUGUAUAACGCAUGCUUGAAAUGUUACAUAUUAAUAAAUCUAUUGUUACAGUGAAAAAAAAAUUGAAAAUGGUUGUAACAAUUCAAAUUAUGACCUGGUGAUUUAACACUUCAUGGUACGUAAUUUGUCCUUUGUUCUAUUAUUUCACCGCGUUGUUGAGGUAUGACCAAUAAUUAAGAAGUACUAAACACAUUUAGUGUUACUAGCCAUUAUGACUCAAUUGUGUCCGUCUUCCUCUUUGUUAUUGGUUGUAUCUUUUUGUGUUUGUAUUUUUGUAAACAUUCUUUUUUUAUAUAAAAACAUAUUUGUAAAUAAAUUAAAUGCGAGCCUUUUUGACAAGCCUUGGCUUUUGAGGAAAAUAUAUUAAUAAAUAAUUUUGUGUUUUUAAAUUAAAUCCAGGACCACACAAGAGGUUUUUAAUAAUAUUUUUAAUUAUAUUAAUAAAGUUUAUAUAUAAAAAAAACUGAUCAUUGCUAAUCUCUCUUUUCUUUCUGACACAAAAGUGAUCCGUGUUUGGGACUCGUGUUAUAUUAAAUGUCUUUCAUAACAAAUUUCUUUAUAGUGUGUAGCGCAAAAACGCUCAGGUUGAUGCAAUACUGAUGAAAACAGGAUUGAACAAUGUUUUGCUGCCCACAUUGUUCAUAUAGCUGUCAACAAUAUUGAACAAUAUUGUUACACCCGAUUCAGGCUCAACAACAUUGUUCAAUAUUGUUGACAAGUAUGAACAAUGUGGGCAGCAAAACAUUGUUCAGUCCUGUUGAGCAGCGGGCUCGGCGUUUUUGCCGUGUACACGCGUAAAAAUUGAGAAAAUCAUAGUUAAUAGAGAGAAAAUCAACAACUUGUUACAGGUUGUUAUCAACAGGAGUGAACAAGGCUAGUAUUCCAAAGGUCGUAGGUUCGAUUUCCACCGUGGCCAGGCAUAUUUUUCAAGCCUGCCCGGUGUGGAUAUACACUCAGAGUAACAUCACAAGCAUCGUAUUCACCUGAGUACAUUGCACCAACACAGCAAAUAUCAUUAUACUAGAUUACAUUGAUAUCGAAGGAACUAGAUUCUGUUCCGAAAUAUCACAUACUCGAACCGACCAGACCACGUAGCUCAGUUGGCAGAGCAUUGGGCUAGCAUUCCAAAGGUCAUAGGUUCGAUUCCCACCGUGGUCAGGCAUAUUUUUCAAGCCUGCCCGGUGUGGAUAUACACUCAGAGUAACAUCACAAGCAUCUUAUUCACCUGAGUACAUUGCACCAACACAGAAAAUAUCAUUAUUACUAGGUUACAUUGAUAUCGAAGGAACUAGAUUCUGUUCCGAAAUAUCACAUACAGCCAUUUUCGUCCAAGCACAAACCGCAAACAUUUUCGCGCGUUUGUUUACGUUUGAAACGGGGCGUUUACCGUUGGAAACUGAAAUGUUUCACCGCUCAUGUGACGUGUCACAUUGAAAAGCCUUAAGCUAUUUUUGGCGCAACUGUCAUGUUUUGAUGUGCCUCCGUGCACGUUUCAAUAUGUCCAAGCCCAUGAUAAUACAUUUUAGUCACAAAAAGUAUGAAUAUAAACAAGUUUGGUCGCUCUUACAAUAUCGUGAGCUUGGAAAUACUGAAAAGUACACGAAAGCACAUCAAAACAUGAAAAAUAACUGAAUUAGGCUUUUCACUAUAACACGUCGCAUGAGCAGUGAAACAUGUCCGUUUCCAACGGUAAACGCCACGUUUCAAACGUAAACAAACGCGCGAAAAUGUUUGCGGUUUGUGCUUGGACGAAAAUGGCUGUACUCGAACCGACCAGACCGCGUAGCUCAGUUGGUAGAGCAUUGGGCUAGUAUUCCAAAGGUCGUAGGUUUGAUUCCCACCGUGGUCAGGCAUAUUUUUCAAGCCUGCCCGGUGUGGAUAUACACUCAGAGUAACAUCACAAGCAUCUUAUUCACCUGAGUACGUCGCACCAACACAGAAAAUAUCAGGAGUGAACAAGGUUGUGCGGCCCACUAUGAACAGUAUUGUCAACAUGUUGUUACAGCAUUGUUCAACUGUAACAACAACUUGGAACAACAUGGUUGACAACUUGUUCAUAGUUGGCCGCACAACAUUGUUCACGCCUGUCUAUAUCAACUUGGGACAACCUGUGCGUUUUUAGCCGUGUAGAAAAUUAGAAAUAUUAUCUAUUAUUUCUAUGAGUGUAUAGCAAUUAAUUAAAUGAACUUCGAUGUUUAUGUACGAGUUUUUUUUUUGUCAUUUGCUUUUUGUGUACAAUUUUGAAUUUGUAUUUUUUGGCCAACCUUGGGGAUAUAUUAUACGGAUUAUACAUAUUAUGAGCCUGGUGUUUAACAGGAUUGAACAAUGUACUGCAUGCCCACGUUGUUCACAGUUGUCAACAAUAUUGAACAAUAUUGUUGAGCCUGAAUUGGAUGGUAACGACAUUGUUCAAUAUUGUUGACAACUGAACAAUGUGGGCAGCAAAACAUUGUUCAAUCCUGUUUUCAUCUAUAUUGCAACAACCUGAGCGUUUUUGGCUAUAGCAGUUGCCAGUGGUAGUGGUAGUAGUAGAAGUAUGAAGUGAAGUGCUGGAGGUGAGUUGGGGUGGUAGAAGGAGAGAGGGAGAAAGACGAGAAAACCCUUCGAAAGAAAGUUGUUGACUCUCACACAACAGCAACAAAUGAAACUAAGACAGUCCAACUUAAUUAUAAUGGAACCAUUUUUUUGUUAUUUAGAAGUACUAAACGUACUAUAUAUAUGUAAACAAUCACUCGAAUCUUGGGCUUAAAAGGUUUUAUAUUAAUCUCUUUCAGGUGUUUCCCGAUGUUUUCACUAAACGUGAGCUGAAUGGAUUAUGUUUGCAUUGUACCAACCAAGGCUGUCCUUGGCAUGGCACUUAUGAAGCACUCGAGGUGAGUUGGGGUGGUAGAAGGAGAGAGGGAGAAAGACGAGAAAACCCUUCGAGAGAAAAUUGUUGACUCUCAUUCACACAGCAGCAGCAAAUGAAACUAAGACAGUCCAUUAGUCCCACUUAUAAUGGAACCAUUUCUUUGUUAUUUAGAGACAUUUUGCCGUCUGUGAACAUGCUUUGAUAAACUGUAUCCAUACACAAUGCAAGAUGAAAUUCCAACGCUCUCACCAGGGCGAACACUUGAGAAGCGAAUGUGAAUAUCGGAAUGUGAAGUGUGAUUUUUGUGGCAAAGAUGUCACCUUUGCCUCGAUGAAGGUAAGUAAAAAUAAAGUAACUUUUGAGAACAGUUUGAACAAUACUGCAAAUCACGUCGUAUUAUGUAAUUAACCUCAAACCUUGUAAUAUCCUUGAACCAGUACGAUAUACUCAGUUUUACUCACUUCUAGGAACAUGUUGACACGAGCUAUGAAGGUGCACCCAUGACUUGUAAAUACUGCAAGAAAAAUGUCUUGAGAAAAGAUAUUGAAAAACACAAGAGACGCGAUUGCGACGAGGUUCUAGUAGAUCAUGAAACUGGAAGGCACAACCAUGGGCAGGUAAUAUUUUUUGCUGCAUUCGGAGGUAUGCGCAUUCUGUUUCUCUCCUUCCAUAUAGAAUGUCUCUUCGCCUUAUUGAACCUUUAUAUAUAUCGGGUGUCCCCCAAAAAACUACCCUGUUUGAUUUCAUGUAACGUAAAACCUAUAAAAGCUAUUUCACUAAAAUAAAAAGCAUUGUAUUGACAAUGUGGGAAACAACCUGAGAGGGAAACAACCUCAUGAUACUCAAGAUCUUCACAUCCGCUUCCCCCGAAAACCGCUGCGGAGAAAACCCUCGCUCAGGCUUGUCGCGUGGCACCCAGAUUUUAGAUGCUAAACCCAAAUUCGCCCCCCCCCCUCCUCCAAUAUUAGGGAGCUUUAGCAACGAGUACGACUAUACGAGUACGAGAUUUGAUCGCGUGCGAGGAACUCACCGUAGUCGUUCUCCUUUCCGUUCAAAUGUUGCUUUUAUGGUAGUAGACAAACAAGGAAAGAAAAAGUUCAUAUAAACUAAAUCUCCUGCAGGCCAAAAUCCCCUACAAAAUGUGCAAAUAAGUCGUAACAUUAAAACCAAGCCAGAUAUUUAAUACUAAUAGAUUAUUUGCGCCGGAUAAACACAACAAAUUAUUUUUGAAAAACAAAAAAAAAGCCAACUUUCUUUGUUUUUUUUGAAAAGUAUAGGACUACGAGAUUUCUCCACAAUUUCGUACUCAGAUGGGACGGCUACGACUUUUUCGCGUUAAGCCCGUUCUCCACUACGCGAAUUUGUUCGCGCGACGCGAAGCGAAAACCGAAAUCCGGCAACGUGAUUGGUCGGCGAAAAAAUUCGCGGCGAAAAAGUAGGAUCGCUUCCUACUUUUUAUCUGUUCGCGCGAAUAAAUUCGCCUAGUGGAGAACGGGCUUUAGUAUAAACAGAAUGACGUAAGCAUACAGCAUUCACGCGUUUCGCUUGACGAAUCUCGUACUCGUAGUCGCUGCUAAAGCUCCCUAUUUUGCGAAGUGGUCGUCACUGAUUAUAACUGAUAGAGCUACAGUAUCCAGUAUAAGUUCGAUAUAGAUUUCCACGCGCUUACUAACACUGAGCACUAAAGAAUGGAUAGUAUAGAUAAACAUAAUAUAAUAUACGAGUAUCUGCUCAAUGGUCUUUUAUAAAUUCUUAAUAUUUACAAUUCAUCUUUGAUACAAUUCUCACCUUCCUUUCCCAAAAGUGCAAUCACAUCCUCAACGAGGUUUGCACAGGCUUAGUCGAGAAGUUUUCCAUGGUUGUCGGAACGUUGACUGGCUUGGGAACACAGUAUAUUCUCCCCUUCGUUAUCCACCUGGGCAACUAUAUUCCACGUCCAGAAUUUACUGACAUCAUGCAGAGAACUCGCGACGACAUCACCGAAGUUCGUUCUGGCUUGGCCGAAAAAUUUGUCAUGGUUGUCGGAAAGUUGACUGGUUUGGAAAGACGGGUUGAAUGUUUGGAGACAAGUGGUGGGGGAGAUACAAGGAUCAGGAAUGAAGUGCAGGAGAUCAAGAGUAAAGUUCGAGACCUCACUACUGAAUGUGGCAAUUUACGUGAACGGAAUAUGAGUUUGGAAAGAGAGUUGAGAGAUAAGGUCGCUAUUAUUGAUCGUUUGCGAAGUAGGAUGGAUCAAAUGGAUGAGUCUCUUGCUCUGAAUACAGUUAAGAUUACCGAUUUGGAAUCCCAAAGAGGUCCGCGUGCACAACAAGUUGUCCAUAGUUACAAUGGCACUUUACUGUGGAAGAUUGAAAGUUACCAGAGAAAACGGCAAGAUGCCAUCAAUGGAGUGAAGACGGCCUUGUACAGUCCACCUUUCUACAGCGCUCAGUAUGGUUGCAAGAUGUGUGCUAAGAUUUACAUGAAUGGAGAUGGUUUUGGAAAAGGAUCGCAUUUGUCGUUGUUUUUUGUUGUGAUGAGAGGUGAGUUGAAUGAUUUGUUGUUUUUCUUUAAAUUUCUGGGGCCGGUUGUAUCAAGCCCGUUUAGCUUAAACGGUGGUUAAGCUCAAAAUAGAAAGCAAGUCUAUAGAUUCAUUAAACAACCAAACUAAAAGUUUUGAACCUUAAUAGAACGAUAAUGUUUACAACUAUAUAUUCAGUGCAGAAUAUUUAAGUUGACUGAUUCACGAAAAAUAUAAGAGUGUUAUUUAAUUUUGACGGGCUUGAUACAACCGGUCCCUGGUGGAUACAUUUUGUUUGUGGAUUAUUUAUGUGGAAAAACUUUCGAUCCGUAAGCCCGGAUCUUUGACAGUGGAAAUAAUCGAGUAGUGAAUAUCGCUUCUGAUGGCUAUUUUUCACUUCAACCAUAUAUCUUAUGUAAUAUGUUUUUGUAUCCUGAGCAUUAUAGUGGAACUAAAACUAUACCUUCAGGCCCAUUGCAUCAAUGCUACAUUAUGUCAAAGAAUGGGUGUCUGGAUGGCGUGGAGCACAGUUUAAUUUACAAAACAAUGAAAAGACAAUGGAACAUUUUGAUCACUGCAUCGUGACUGGAUGUUUUAGUUCUAUGUAUGCUAAGUUUAUGCAAAGGGUCCGCGAAGUUGUAUAUCAGUAUAUCACUAUAAUGUUCUAAUUUAUCAUCACUAUUUUUUUGUGGCUAUUAAAAGGCGACUACGAUUCUCUUCAAACCUGGCCAUUUCAGAAGAAGAUUACCAUGAUGCUCUUGGAUCAAGGUAAUGGAGAUCACAUGAUCGAUGCGUUUCAUUCAGAUCCUCAAAGUUCAUCUUUUCAACGACCGAAGUCUGACAUGAAUAUCGCGUCAGGCUCGCCGUUGUUUAU